ACUCCGUCGUCCUCCGACUUUUCAUGGUCUUCAAACUUUUGGGGAACUCGUUAUUCCUAAAAGCUUCUCCUCUCAUCUCAUGGACAGAGUUUUUCUGGAGGCUGUGGGUGACCAUAACUGUGGGUCUCUGGGGACUGAUUUCAAAGGGAGGCAGAAGGGAGAGGUUGUUGCUUUCUCACUGCCUCUUUUGUUUGGCAUCAGGCCACAGAGACCCCAGGAAGAGAUGUCAGGAGAAAGCGUGGUGAGCUCAGCGGUUCCAGCGGCUGCUACCCGCACCACUUCCUUCAAGGGUACGAGUCCCAGCUCCAAGUAUGUAAAGCUGAACGUUGGGGGAGCCCUCUACUACACCACCAUGCAGACCCUGACCAAGCAGGACACCAUGCUGAAAGCCAUGUUCAGUGGGCGCAUGGAAGUGCUCACCGACAGCGAAGGCUGGAUCCUCAUUGACCGGUGUGGGAAGCACUUUGGUACAAUUCUCAACUACCUUCGAGACGGGGCCGUUCCCUUGCCCGAGAGCCGCCGGGAGAUCGAGGAGCUGCUAGCAGAAGCCAAGUACUACCUGGUCCAGGGCCUGGUGGAAGAGUGCCAGGCGGCCCUGCAAAACAAAGAAACUUAUGAGCCUUUCUGCAAGGUCCCUGUCAUCACUUCAUCCAAGGAGGAACAAAAGCUCAUAGCAACUUCAAAUAAGCCAUCCGUGAAGUUGCUCUACAACAGAAGUAACAACAAAUACUCAUAUACCAGCAAUUCGGACGACAAUAUGUUGAAAAACAUUGAGCUGUUCGAUAAGCUUUCUCUGCGCUUUAACGGAAGGGUCCUCUUCAUAAAGGAUGUCAUUGGGGAUGAAAUCUGCUGCUGGUCUUUUUAUGGUCAGGGCCGCAAGAUUGCUGAAGUCUGUUGCACCUCCAUCGUCUAUGCCACUGAGAAGAAGCAGACCAAGGUUGAGUUCCCAGAAGCCCGGAUUUAUGAGGAGACCCUGAAUAUUUUGCUGUAUGAGGCCCAGGAUGGCCGGGGACCUGACAAUGCGCUCCUGGAGGCCACAGGUGGGGCUGCUGGCCGCUCCCAUCACCCGGACGAGGACGAGGAGCGGGAGCGAGAACGGAUCGAGCGUGUGCGGCGGAUCCACAUCAAGCGGCCAGACGACCGGGCCCACCUCCACCAGUGACCAGGCGGGCGGCCCAUCCGUCCCCUCGGCUCCCGCCUCCCUCCCUGCCUCGCUCAGACCCUGUGCAGGCUUCAGGCCUCCACCCGCCUGGAGUCUGCAGAUCUUUUGUAACAAGCCAGGUGGCUCUUUUGCUGUUUCUUGACCAGGUGACUGGACUGUGGACCCAGGUGUACGUGCCCCUGUUGAGCUACCGUCGGAGCCAGGCUUCCUUGGUCUCCGAGGAAAAGUGUGAAUGAGUGAAGUGUCGUGAGGACUUUGGUUGCAGUAUUUAUUUUUUGUGAGUGUUGACUACCUACUAGGGCUCCUUGGGUGACACUCCCUAAAGGCUCACGUGACAAUUCCUCAGGCGUCCCCGCGCUACCUGUUUCGUGACCCUCCACCCUCAGCAGCCUGCCUUCUGGCUCCUGUGCCUGGUGUUUGUUGUCAGGUGCAGCUCAGAGCAGUGAGGCUGGGGCCUGAUGGACUCCUGCUCUGUCCCUUAGUGCAGUAGACUUCAAGGGGACACUUCUGCCAUGGCUCACCUCUGGCUUGAUGCUUGCUGGGCCGCCGCCGUGCCGGCAGGAGCAGAGCUGUCCCUGGCAGCGAGUGCCCAUCCUUCCUCCUGGCUCCUUCUGACUCCUGCCCCUUCUGGUUGCUGACCUUCUGACCCACUCCUUUCCAAGAAGGUCACCAGACCUCCUUGCAGGUGUAGCUCGCAGCAUGUCCGUCCAAGGGAUCCGCCCUCUCCCAGCCCUCUCCCUGUAGAGCGGCAUCCAGGCGGGGUGCACUCACACCCGUCCCGAGGGAACUCGGCUGCUCAGGGCACUUCCUGCCGUAAACAGCCAUCGCCUGCUGUCUCUGAUUUCUCCGCAGAAUACAGCGGGCCUCGGUGCACAGGUGAGAGGUCGUGCAGAUACCUUUGGUUCCCGAACGUGUCUGAGUUCGUGUUUGUUGAAGGAACGUGUGCGACUGGGUGGGGAUGUGUGCGUGGCCCUCGGUGGCCCGGGCUGGAGCCCGGCUGUGCACGGUGCUUGUGUCGGAUGGACUUCCUCAGUGACCUACCUCCCGGUUUUCUUGUGCCUGUGCAGAAACGGAAGUGAACUGACGGACUGAUGGCGGGUUGAGAUGAGGUGGUAGCUGCGGGGAGACGUGGGUGGCAGGCAGCAGAUGGGUUUUUCUGCUUCGUAAGGGAAUCGUCACUGUUUUAUACCAAAGGUGUUAACAUGGGCAACCUUUGACCUGUAUUCCAAAAAAUGUGUUUCUAUUUUGCAACGGUUUUUACACCUUAGCCUUCGUAUGCCUUUCUUUUGUAUCCAGCAGCAAAGCCUACAAUAAAACUUCAAAGCAAUCAUGACCGCACCUAAAAAUCAUAUACUGGGUAGAUGCUUUUUGAACUGUUCUGUGGGGAAUUUUUAUAUUAGGCCCCUUGGAUUUUAUUAAUUGCUAAGGAAAGGGAGCUUACAAAAGUGUUUCGUAAAUAUUUUAUACUGCGUAAGUUUUAAAUGCCAACCCUGUCGUUGGGGUUAAACUUUUUUAGAAAGUUAAUGUCAGUUCUGAUGUUUUCUGUAGGAAUGGAAAAGCCAUGUACAAAUUGUUUUGUAAAUGUUUGUGUAAACAAGAAGCUUGUGGAACACUUGAUUGGUUUGGGCUCCAUGCCUUAGGACCUGCCAUUUUUGGCAGCUUUCUCUGCCUUCACUUUCCUCCGACUUGGUACCUGUGGUUUUUUGUCACUGCUUCCCGGGGAUACGAGCAGGUUUGUAAAACAUUCCAUGGUGAAUAAAGCUGUCGGCUGGUCCACGCUUGCUAUCAAAUAUUCUGUACAAGAACCUGAUCUUUCUAAUGCUGGCCCCAAGGGUGAAAGUACUUAUGAACCACCCAACUCAAACACUGGCCCUGGGGUUUGGUAAAGAGUAAGGUUUUAUUAUGUUGUAAUAGCAUUAAAACAAAUUGGAACAGCUUUUGGUCCCUGGUGGUUAAGUUUAGUUUAAGUCGUCGGAUUGUCGGUGGGGGGCCCGUGCCUCAGACUGCUGCUCCUGGCGCGUCCUCCACGGUCGGCUGCGGAUCAGCUGGCUGACCUCUGCAGCUGCCCGCCCGCUGGUGUCUGCCUGGACCUGGACCUUCCAGCUGCUGCCCGGCAUCCACACGCAAGCACCACCCGCCUCCGCCGUCCGUGGGGCUCUGCCCAGAGUCUCUGACACAGUUAAGCAUGUCAUUGAUUUUGUCUCUGCCCUAUGAAAGCAACGCUGUAAAUCUUAGAAGUCGACACUUUCUUGUACGAGCAUUUGUGGGUUUAUGUAAAAUAAAAGUCAUAUCAUGCUUCUCUUUAC